UGCUGUUGUGUGGGGUGCCCGUUAGUGAUAAGCACGCCUGGCAUUUCAUCAUUCCCUCCCUUUCUCUCUCUCCUUUUCUCACACUUUCUCUCACCUCACCUCACAACUUCACUUCACUCUCGUUUUCUUAUUCCAUUUUUUUUGGUUCUCUCUCUAUACAAAUUCAUUCUUCCUGGUUCACCUUUAUUUUCUUCCCCUUCCUCCUUCUUCUUUAGACAGCCCCCACUUUACCUUUUCCUCUCUUAUUUUCUUUCUCUCUUCACUUUUCCGCCUUUUUUUUUUCUUUCUGUUUUCCUUCCUCCCAAUUUCUGCUCCCAGAAACAAGAAAAUUUGCAGUUUCUCUCACUCUGAUUGGAUCUACUGCUACCUACUCAUUCCGAUUUCAAUUCCUUUAUUGUUGUGAAUUUCGAUUCCGCUAUUUUUGCAGCUCGAGGUUGCUUUUUUGUUCUUCGUUUCUCGGAUUUUUUUUUGGUAAAAAAAUUUGUUUUGCUGAUUCCGAUACAGACGGAAAUUGAUUGCUGCCGUCGUUGCUUCUUUCCAGGGAAUUUGUGUUAUAUUUAAGCUAGGUUUUGGAGGAGCAAAGGGUAGAACAACAAUAUGGCCGUUUCAAUGAGAGAUGUGGAUCCAGCUUUCCAGGGGGCUGGACAAAAGGCUGGACUCGAAGUAUGGCGUAUUGAGAAUUUUAAUCCAGUUCCUGUCCCCAAGUCCUCUUUUGGGAAGUUUUUCACUGGGGACUCCUAUGUGAUCUUAAAGACAACUUCGUCAAAAAGUGGUGCUCUCCGGCAUGAUAUCCAUUACUGGCUUGGUAAAGACACCAGUCAGGAUGAAGCUGGUGCUGCAGCCAUCAAGACAGUUGAGCUAGAUGCAGCUCUUGGAGGACGAGCUGUUCAAUAUCGUGAAGUACAGGGCCAUGAAACUGAAAAGUUCCUGUCUUAUUUCAAACCAUGUAUUAUACCGCUAGAAGGUGGAGUUGCUUCUGGUUUCAAACAUCCUGAGGCAGAGAAACACAAGACACGAUUGUUUGUAUGCAGAGGGAAACAUGUUGUACAUGUCAAAGAGGUUCCAUUUGCUCGAUCUUCACUCAACCAUGAUGAUAUUUUUGUUCUUGAUACGGAGUCAAAAAUCUUCCAAUUUAAUGGUUCCAAUUCAUCUAUUCAAGAAAGGGCUAAAGCUUUGGAAGUUGUACAGUAUAUUAAGGAUACCUACCAUGAGGGAAAAUGUGAGGUAGCUGCUAUUGAGGAUGGAAAAUUGAUGGCUGAUCCUGAAACUGGAGAAUUCUGGGGUUUCUUUGGGGGAUUUGCUCCUCUUCCUCGCAAAACUGUUGGCGAAGAUGAAAAGCCUGCUGAUUCUCGCCCACCAAAGCUGCUUUGUGUUGAAAAAGGACAGGCAGAACUUGUUGAAACUGAUUCUUUGAAAAGAGAAUUACUGGAUACGAAUAAAUGCUAUAUUCUGGACUGUGGAUUGGAGGUGUUUGUCUGGAUGGGAAGAAACACCUCCCUUGAUGAAAGGAAAAGUGCAAGUGGAGUAGCAGAUGAUUUAGUCAGUGGCACUGAUAAAUUGAAACCUCAAAUAAUUCGUAUAAUUGAAGGAUUUGAAACAGUAAUGUUCAGAUCCAAGUUUGAUUCUUGGCCUCAGAUCACUGAUGUAACCGUUUCUGAAGAUGGACGUGGCAAGGUAGCAGCACUUCUAAAACGUCAAGGAGUGAAUGUCCAGGGUCUCUUGAAAGCUGAUACAGUAAAGGAAGAACCUCAACCUUACAUUGAUUGCACAGGACAUUUGCAGGUUUGGCGUGUGAAUGGUCAGGAAAAGAUCCUUCUUCAAGCCUCUGAUCAGUCAAAAUUUU